AUCGUUGGGUCGGGCCCAAUUGGUGCUGUUUUCGCUCGUACACUUGUCGACAAUGGAAAAAAGGUCCUGAUGAUUGAUGUCGGAGAGCAGGAGACGAGGCGCGUGGGUGACCACAAGAAGAACAGCAUGGCUGUCCAGAAGGACAUCAGUCUGUUUACCAAGUGUGUUCACAAAAGCCAAACCCUGAACAAUGGCCAGAACCCGGAACAGAUUCCCUCUGAGAACCUACCAGCAGCGGCUGCAACUCGUGUCGUCGGUGGCAUGGGCUCUCACUGGACCUGUUGUACUCCACGCCAACAUCCCAUGGAGAGAUCCACUCUGUUCGACGACAACAAGUGGAAGAGCCUGUACGACAGGGCAGAGAAGUUAUUUGACACAAACGAAAAGACCUUUGAGAAGUCCAUUCGUCAGCAACUUGUCAAGAGGACUCUCGAGCAGGCUUUCCCGGACCGUGGGAUGAAGAGCAUGCCUCUGGCUUGUAAAAGGAACCAACAGAACAAGCAUUACGUCGAGUGGUCUGCGACUGCCACAAUCCUGGGAGAUCUCUCAGAGCCCAAGAAGCCGAACGACCUGUUCGAGAUCAAGCCCAACACUCAGUGCCUUGCUCUUGCUAUUGGGCCAGAUAACCAAGUUGAGAUGGCCAAGGUGAAGGACAUUCUGAAAGAUGAAAUCUACUACAUCAAGGCCAAGAAGUACGUCAUCUGUGCUGGUGCCGUGCUCACACCUGGCAUUCUUUGUAACCCCCCUGAGAAAGGAGGCCUUGCACUGGGUCGCUCGCUACCAGCCCUGGGUCGUUACAUGACUGAGCAGCCCAUGGCAUUCUGUCAAAUUGUUCUCGACAGAAACCUUGUGGACACUGUCAAGGAUGAUCCCUAUAACCUUGGUUGGGACGGAUACGUCCAGCUUCACGAGAAAAAGCACCCCAAGGACCCACUUCCCUUCCCAUUCAGCGACCCUGAUCCCCAGUGCUAUUUCCCGUUCUCCGAGAAGUACCCCUGGCACACGCAGAUUCAUCGUGACGCCUUUGGCUAUGGGCAAGUCCCUCCUACUGUCGACCAGCGUCUCAUUGUCGACUUGCGCUGGUUCACAUACGUGGAGCCAAACGAGGACAACUAUGUCAAGUUCUCCGAGACUUACCAAGACCAGUUCAAGAUGCCACAGCCCAUCUUCAAGUUCUCCAUGAGUGGCGCUGCCCGUGACCGCACCAAGGCGAUGAUUGACGAUAUGGUUGAUGUUGCAAGGAAGCUCGGAGGCUUCCUCCCUGGAGCCGAGCCAAAGUAUCUCGCUCCAGGCUCCGCCCUCCACAUUUGCGGCACCUACCGUGCUGGUGAGGAUAAGAAGGACAGCGUAGUUGACAAGUUCGGAAAGGUCUGGGGCCAGGAAAAGCUUGUCCUUGGCGGCUGUGGCGUUAUUCCCACCGGGAAUGCCUGUAACCCAACCCUCACGGCUGCUUGUUUUGCUCUUGUCGCUGCGGACAAGAUCGUGGAAGAGCUU